GUAACAUCCCCGGAUGUCGGUCUUUUUUUCAUAGCAAAGAUGGCAGAGGGAGACAAGAAAAAAGCUGCCAAGAAGAAGCAUGCGAGCCGGAACCCGGUUCUGGCCCGGGGCAUUGGCCGCUAUUCCCGUUCUGCUAUGUACGCCCGCCGGGCCAUGUACAAGAGGAAAACCAAGACCACCAAGACCAAGAUUGAGAAAAAGAUCACGACCAGACCCAGGGCUACUAUUGUCAAGACCGUUGGAGGUGACAAGAAUGGAGGCACCCGUGUUGUCAAGCUACGCAAGAUGCCCCGCUACUAUCCCACAGAGGAUGUUCCUCGUAAACUGAAGAGCCACGGAAUUAAGCCCUUCAGCCAGCACAAGAGGAAUCUGCGCGCCUCCAUCACACCUGGAACGGUCCUCAUUCUGCUCACUGGACGUCACCGUGGAAAGCGUGUGGUGUUCCUGAAGCAGCUCUCAACUGGGCUCUUGUUGGUCACUGGCCCUCUAACCGUGAACAGAGUCCCCCUGCGCAGGGCCCACCAGAAAUUUGUCAUUGCUACAAACACCAAAAUUGACAUCUCUGGUGUCAAAAUCCCUAAAACCCUCAACGACACUUACUUCAAGAAGAAGAAGCUGAGGAGGCCUCGUCACCAGGAGGGAGAGAUCUUUGAUACAGAGAAAGAGAAGUACCAGCUGACAGAGCAAAGGAAGGAGGACCAGAAAGCUGUUGACUCUCAGCUCCUGCCCCUCAUCAAGAAAGAACCUCAUCUGAAAGGAUACCUGCGCUCCUCCUUCUUCCUGUCAAAUGGCGUCUUUCCACACAAGCUGGUUUUCUAAAUGUUAAUAAAGAGUACCAACAUCUUAAGCCAUCAAA